AUGAUUUUGGGAAUCACUAGGACAGUAAAAGUAGGACACUCCUCUUGCAUCAAGCCCUCGAGUGUUCAGUUGUAUUUACAUAUACGUCGGCUCUCUCCGAGGGCUCUACUUGAGUCUGAGGCUGAGAUGAGCCAGAUCUCAAAUCUCUGCAAUUUGGAUUUGCGUCACUGCAAUUAA